AGCUUUGCCCCCUGCCGGGGCCCUGCGUUCUAAUGGCGUCAGGACACAAGCACUGUUGUCACAUUUUGUCUUACAGUGUUUCAAUAUUUUGUUUUGUUUAUGUCGUUCAAGUUCCACGAAAAGGAGAUUAGAAAUCCAUUCGGACUUGCGAAGAGCUCCGGGUGCAGUGACCUUGAUACCGCUGUCAUCUCUAAAGUAUACAAGCGCGCGAAAUAUAAAUCACGAUUUCACAUUCGGACAAUCGGUCCAUACGUGGGAUUUACUGAUCGCCUGGGUUUAAGUCUUUUCAAAAAUAAUGCUGUCGUUUUUAUUCAAACCUAACAUUUUUACAAUUACCUUAUGAAAGCACAAACAAAUAGCUCGUACAAAUGGAAAGGGAAUUAUAGUGGAUCAAAUUUUUUCCCAUUGGCAGCUGAAAUAAAUAACUAUGGAAGUUACAACAGAAGAAGCUCAAGCAGUACUGUUAGAAGGAAUGGAAGGUGCACAGUACAUUACUAUUCAAAGAGCAGAUGGAGAGCCACUAAGCAAAAGCGUUCCCCUGUUAACAUUAAAUGGAGAGUUAAUUUCUGAAAGAAUGGUUGUCGAUAUGAUCAAUGCUGGUGUUGGUACAGACUAUGGUACUGCGACGCAAUAUUAUGAAGCUGACGAUUUAUUACAACAUGAAUUAACAGAGGAAGAUCGUAGGCUAGCAGCAGCUUUAGUUGCCGUUCAAUUACAGCAACAACAGAAACAGCAGCAGCUUCAUAGUCAAUCCCAACACGAAGAUCCAACUCUACCAGAUGUUUCUCAUUUAGGAACAUUAACGCCUGUUAAUACAUAUUCUAUUCAAACGGUGCCAGAACCAAAUGCUCCACCAGUCUAUCCAACUUUGCAACCUUUUAAAAGGAUCACGCAUAAUAUAAAACAAGAAUUUAUCGUUAAAACCGAGUACGAUAUCGAUGUAUCGGCAGAAAGUAGUGAGGAUGCAGCGCCAAGUUCUGGACCAAAGAGAUCAUUACCUCAUAAAAAGAGAAUUCCUCGUAAACUUAAACAGCAAACUAAAAGAACCUCUUCACGGAAAGAUAGCAGUAGACUGAAUUCGGAUGCCAUAAAUGUACAAUCGUCUGGGGACAUGCAAGCUCACGUAUUCAAAUGCGAAUUGUGUAAUUCUAAAUUUAGUAGUCAAUUAAACUUUUUUGAGCAUCUUAAGGUGCACUAUGAGCCUGUAAAGCAGGAAACAAGAAUAGCACAAGCAACAAAUACUAAUAUUACAAUAUCUGUACCAGAAUCUGUUCAGCGUCCCGAAAACACUGUAAUCGAAGAGUUUAGCGAACCUGAAGAUCUCAUGGAAGGCAUUAGAGGCGUCGUAGAGGAAACUGGGGCUCACAUAGACGAUGAUACAGAAUCUCAGCUAUCUACCGUAAACAAUGAAUCGCAAAUAUGGACUAUUACCGGGAUUACGGAACAUGUACAUAGGGACCAUGUAAAGCCACCAACUGUUAGUGAACAAGGAUUACAUGAAAAAGAAAAGACUGAUAUUCCACAGACAACGAAAAAAAAGAAAAUACUGAAAGCGCGAAAAACAAACGAAGAAUGGUCAUGUCCUCAAUGUGAUCGGUUAUUCCAUCAUAAAAAUAGUUUAGUGUAUCACAUGCGAUGUCACAAUGGAGAACGACCGCAUCAGUGUGAAGUUUGUGGAAAAAGUUUCUUUACAGCUAGUCCAUUAAAGGUUCACAAACGCCUUCAUAGUGGUGAUAAGCCAUACAAGUGUAAAGAUUGUGGACGACAGUUUCGUCAAUGGGGAGACUUGAAAUACCAUUCGACGAGCAUUCAUUCAGAACAAAAACAAUAUCAAUGUGAAUAUUGUGGCAAAGAUUUUGCACGGAAAUACUCCUUAAUUGUUCAUAGAAGAAUCCAUACUGGCGAGAGAAACUAUCGAUGUGAAUACUGUAACAAAACAUUUAGAGCAAGCAGUUACCUACAAAUUCAUCGUCGUAUUCACACUGGUGAGAAACCACAUGCAUGCACAGUAUGUGGAAAACUAUUUAGAGUGGGAAGUGACUUGAAAAGGCAUAUGCAUACACACUCUAGAACAAGGGCAGAUAGACCUUUAAACAGAGUUAUAUCAGGGAAAACUAUAGAGGAUGAGAAUGAUAAAGGAGCGCAAGCCAAAACAAUUCAUGAUCUUGUUAGGGAUUUAAAGUUAGAAGUGGAAGGAACAGGAGUCAUGGAAACUGUUCCACCAGAUGACAAUCCUGAAUGUAUUUUACCACACGCGGGAGGACAAACUUUAGAAUACACUGUGACAACUACAUCAGAUACGAGUCAAGAAAGAGAUCCAUUGGAAGCAGUUGUACGUACUACCGAUAACAUGCAGUAUUUCUUCAUGUAACGUUUAUUAUUGGAAUAAAAUUGAAGACUGCUUUUGUUCUUUAAUAUGCAAUCCAGCGUGUGGAAGUAACGUGAAGUUAGAACGUGAAAAGUCUCUUGCACACGGAUGGUGCUUCAUUGAGUAGCAGACCUUCAUUGUAAAUGACUGAUCGAAGUCCUAUACAUCAACGCACUACCUAUGUAAUUGUGCAUAGUGUACUUUCCAGUUUCUCUGCAGUAUACAUUUAUAGAAGCGCGAUGAAUAUAGUGUUUAUAUAAUAUUCUUAAGACUGUUUUAGCAGGAAACUUAUGAAAGUACAAAACUGAGAAAAAAACCUAAAAACAUACAUCAGUUUAAUUGCAUAAAGAUACAUAUAUUAUAUGUAUAUAAAUACAGAGUAUAACUGAAAUUUGUGACCAAAUUUUUAGGAGUGCAUUUUAUUCAUUUUGAGGAUGAGCAAAUAUUGUAUAAGCAUGAGUUCCAAAAGUCUUCUUUUCAGAUGUAUAAACACUUCAAAGGGUAUAGCCGGUUUUGGGGAUCAACAGUAUCCUUAGACCGAUUUCGAUUUGCGAUGAUAUAUUCGAUAGGUUAUCAAUAAAGACUAAUCUGUGCCAAUUUGAAGUCUCUAUCUCGACUGGUGGUUGGGAGUAAACAAGACAAACAAAAAUCACGUUUUAAACCAAUUUCUCUCGUUCUGUUGCAUGAUAAAUUUUGAAAAAAGUCAGAGACAUUUCAGUUAGCGAGUUACGUGUUCCAGAAUUUUUUCAAAUUUUUCAAUUAAAAAUCCAAGCUGUAAAAAACAAAAAACGCAAGGAAAUGAUGAAAAAUGCCGGUUUUGCAUCGAAGGAAUCUCAUUUUUUACUAUUUUUUUAACGAUUUAACAAAAUAUAUAUCUUGUAAAGGAAGAAUUUUAAUUCAUUUUAUAUGAUCUUUUUCCUAUAUUUAGAAUGAGCGAAAUACUUUCCUAACAUUUAGUUAUCUAUUGCAGUUACAUUCUGUAUGCAUGUAUGUACAUUCGUAAGUCUACAUAGAUAAGGUUAGUCGUUUGUAUCGCGAAUCAUCAUUGAAGAAUAUAUUUUUUACGUGAAGACAUUUAUAGAAACACUGUGGUCCAUUUUUAUUGCAUUCUCCAC